AUGGGUCUCCGCCAUAGCAAUCGGGAGGCCACGCAUGGUAGUAGCUUGAUUGUUGGCGAGAACCAGUGUAGAGAGAAUCCUAAAGGUGCCUCUCAUAUCAUGGCGUCGGUGAGAGGAAGAUCUCUAAGAUGGUGCGAUGCGGAGGCUGGAUUGAUCGUCAAUGACACGAUGUAUUGGAGGAGGAGAUCUGACCACAGGUCCACAGCUAGUCGUCACCAGGAGAUGCCGUAA